UCUCGCGGGGAGCCAGUCAGCGCUUGUUCACGACGUUGAGUAAAGGAAGUGAGUCACGCUGACGGUAAUGUUACGUCUCUGUUGCAGCACCACCGAGAACUGAACAGAGAACAAGGAAGCAACAUGUGCUGACCAUAAUAACUCCAACACAUCAGCACAGACAGCCACGAGACAAGAGACAAGGAGACAAGGACACUCACCAACUGUUGGGUAUUCACAGACUGGACAGUUUUUCUCUCACCAUGAAAAGAGAGGUGGAGGCUGGAGUCAGCUUCCUCAAACGCCUGGCUGUGGCACAUGGCAAGCUCAGUGAAGCCAAGGCAGAAUCUUUUUCUGAGAAGCUACAGAAACUUUUAUGCGACAGAUAUGAUGAACACUGGUACCCUGACUGCCCCAGCAAAGGCCAGGCAUACAGAUGUAUCCGGAUAAAUAGCGGAGUACUUUGUGAUGAAGUAAUUCUGAAGGCAUGUGAGGAGAGUGAGCUCACACCCAGUGAACUAGGCCUUCCGCGUGAGCUCACACUGUGGAUCGACCCACUGGAGGUGUGUGCAAGGUCUGCAGAGAACGGUAGGCCCUUCACAAUAGCCUGUUUCGAAGAGGAAGGUGUGGACGAAAAACAGACAGACUCCUCAGUGGACUCAAUAAAUCUGGACACGUCAGAUUACCACUCUGCUACCUCUUCGGAUUGUGGUUCCACUGCGUCGAGCGACACAGAGGAGGAGGCAAAAGAUGGCGAGAUGGAAGGAGAGCGCGGAAAUGAAGAGAAGGAGGUCGUCAAGAAGGAAGAGGCAGAAGGCAACACCUACACGGUAGCAAUGAUGCCCAGGAUUCGCAAGCGACACGGAGAAGGACCAAAUAAAGUAAAAUACGUCAGAAAUAUGCUCCCUGCCAGCCUCCAGUACUUCUACCACCCUGCACCAGUUUGGCCUCAGUACAAGAAGGGCGCUCCUAUGUUUCUUAACACAGUAUGCGCGCCUCCGCCAACUCCACCUCAGCAAGUAUUUGGCUACUAUAUCUUGCCGCAGCCGUCUCCGCAGUUUAUUCUGCCUCAUGCCACUCUGCAGCCGUGGGGAGCUGUGAAGGGUUAGACCGUCCAGGAUGUGUGGGAUGAAGGUGGAUGGAGCGUUAUAAGCUCGUUCAACUGAGCCAUGUCGUGUCAGUUCUUGGAGUUCAGCUAAACUUGGGCCAAAAAAAGAACUUUCUUUAACUGUAUAGCUCAAAGUUAUUCCUUUUACAGCCUGUAAUGAUUCCUUUUUGCUUUUCAUUUCUGGUGACUUGUAAUUGAUGGCUUAUACUCGGCACAGAGAUGCCACUGAACUUGAAAGAAAACUGUUUUCUUUUUUAAAAUCUAUCAAGUCUAAACUAAAGUUUUUUUUAACGUAUUGUACACGUUAAGAAUGACUUCAAUCAUUGGGUGCUUGGACUAACUCAGGAACUCUCAGCAAUAUCCUAAUAGCAAAUAAUAGUUUUUUUCAGGUGAUACUUCUGUUAUAAUGUCAAUUUCUUCACCAAAUAAUGUCCACAGUGUUUAGGUCUCAAUUAAUUAAUGCACACACAUUAAUGUGAUUCAGGGGUUUAUUCUACUGUAGCUAGGGUGACAAUAUAUGUAUAUUAAGAAGAAUAUUUUUACUAAACUGCUCGUAAAUAAUACAGAACUUGAAUAGA